AUGUGCGUUUCAAAUACGGGUCUAAAGAAAAAGAGUUUAAAAUCAAACAUUCAUAAUAUUAUUCAAAGAUGGAAACUUAUAUUUAAGAGAAUCUCUGAAGAAGUAUUGGAUAGUCUAGAUGAAAAUGACAUUUCUAUCUCUGAUGACAAAAGGAUAGAAGCGCUUUUUAAUAGUAAUAAAGAUGAUGAUGAUAGCGAUGGUGAUAUUGAUACUGAUACUAAUAUAGAUACUGAUAAUGUUGAGAAGAGAAGAAAUAAUAAGCAAAACAAGAACAUUCAAUUAUUAAAUAAGAGAGGGGCAUCAAAUUCUACUAAUGCUAGAGGUUUAUCUAAACGUUCUGUAUCUAACUUUUCAAGUAUUAAAGAAAAUGAUAAUGAAAGAAAAAUAACUGAUUCUAAUGACAAUCUACGUAACAUUGAGAAUAGUGAUAAUAUUAUUGAUAAUGGCGAUAAUAACAAUAUCGAUGAUUCAUAUAAAAUAACAUUUGAUAAUUAUGAUCCAAUUGAAGAAUGUAAAAAACUUCGAACUACGAUAAAUGGGACAUUUUAUCAUGCAGGGACUGUAUGGGAGACAAGAAGAAAACUUUGGACUGAAAAUGUCACAAAUAUUGAUCCGUCUAAAGAACAUAAUAGGGACAUAUUCAAAUCUAUCCCAGAACAAUAUUAUUAUAGAGUGUAUAAAAAAUUGGUGAUUGACGAUAAACCUCUUCGUGAACCAUUAAAUUUAGAGGAUGCAAUAAAAGUGAUUAAUUCGGGAUGGAAAGAAACUAAAACCUGGGAGAACACUUCUAAAGUCUUACAUUAG